CUCACACACACACACACACACACACAGAGACACACACGCAGAUGUGUGUGUGUGCUUUGUCGGCUCACACAGGCUCGGCUCUGAACCCGGUUCCACCGAACUUCGGACUUCGUGCAGGCGCGUGAACUUUAUUUUCCUCUCUCCGCUUCCUUAUCGCUUCCUCUCUUUCUUUCUGGCUGUGUUCGAGCUCGGACCGCGUAGCUCCUUCUGGCUCCUGGCUCCCUGCAGUCCACACCAUCGACUAAGAGCAACACAAUGACAUUAAAAUGCAGUAAAAACGAGUCUGCGGUGGUUCUGGAGAGGGCGAACAGCGCGCGCACGGCCCUGUCUGACCUGUACCUGGAGCAGCUGCUGCAAAACAAACCCAAGACUGACAAGGCAGCCAUGCAGACAUUUGAAGUGAAGGAGCAGGAUACAGUAUACACUAACGGCAGCACUGGCCAUAUGAACGGCAAAGAAGUGACUAAGAUGCGCGAGGUGGCCUUCGAGAAGCAUCCGUCAGAACCACUGGGUGUGACUCUCAAACUAAACGAGAAACAGAAGUGUAUGGUGGCAAGAAUAUUACACGGGGGGAUGAUCCACAAGCAAGGUUCCUUACACGAAGGAGAUGAAAUUGCUGAGAUUAACGGUAAAAGUGUUGCGAAUCAGAGCGUGGACCAACUGCAAAAGAUUCUGAAAGAUACAGAUGGCAUCGUGACUUUGAAAAUCAUCCCAAAUCAGCAAAGUCGCUUCAUGGUUUGUGAGAUGUACAUGAGGGCUCAGUUCGACUACGACCCUGCCAAGGACGAGCUCAUCCCAUGCAAAGAGGCUGGCCUUAAAUUCAAAACUGGCGACAUAAUCCAGAUCAUCAACAAGAAGGAUCCGAACUGGUGGCAGGGCAGGGUGGACAAUUCAGGCAAAGACUUUGCCGGACUCAUACCGUCCCCAGAACUUCAGGAAUGGCGUGUGGCUAGCAAAAGUAAGAGCAGUGGUGAGGCCAGUCAGUCGUGUAGUCCUUUUGGCAAAAAGAAGAAAUGCAAAGACAAGUACCUGGCAAAACACAGUUCUAUCUUUGAUCAACUUGAUGUCAUUUCUUAUGAAGAGGUUGUGCAGCUGCCUGCAUUCAAUCGAAAAACACUGGUACUCAUAGGUGCUCCUGGUGUGGGAAGGAGUCACAUUAAAAGUUCGCUCCUGACCAAGUACCCAGAAAAGUUCGCCUACCCUGCACCUCACACAACCAGACCUCCAAGGAAAGACGAAGAAAACGGACAGGAAUAUUAUUUCAUCUCCAACGAAGAGAUGACCAAAUGCAUUGUGGGGAACGAGUUCCUGGAGUACGGAAGUUUUCAGGGCAGCAUGUUUGGCACCAAGAUCGAAACCAUCCAGAAAAUCCAUGAGCAAGACAAGAUUGCACUGCUGGAUGUAGAGCCUCAGAUGCUGAAACUCCUCAGAACAGCCGAGUUUGCUCCCCUUGUCGUGUUCAUAGCACCAACCAACUCCGGCAACCAGUCAGAAGCACUGCAAGCCAUCCAGAAGGAAUCAGACACCAUUUUCAACACCUACCGCCAUUUCUUCGACGUGAUCCUCGUCAACAACGAUGUAGACGAGAGCGUGAAAGGUGUGGAAGAGGCCUUGGAGAGAGCCUCCUCUAGCCCCCAGUGGGUUCCUGUGUCCUGGGUCUACUGAUGAUGAUGAUAUCAACCAUACCCUUCACCAGAUCCUCCCUCAUGUCCAAUCAGAACGAACCCUCACUCUUGUAAAUCAGGUGCAAUACCAAGUCACAAGACUAAACUCAAGCUGUCUCAAUCAGUUCAGGCUGCUAGCCCCUGGCUAACAUACGUAUUUAAAAUGUUCAUUUUAUUAAAGCAAUAAGUUAGAGAUUUUUCUUUUCCUUUCAGAUAUGAAUCAGAUAUAAGAGUUAUAAAAAUAAGAGCACUACGCAGUGCAAGUAAACGUCAGGUAGGUGGGGUAGAAUAAAUGAUGCAAAAAGGACCACUACUGUGAUAAACAGCACUCUGUUCAAUCUUGAACAUGGUUUCAGUGUUCUGUUGUAUUACUGUAAUACCAUGGAACCCCAUCAAGUUUACAUUUGCUGUAUUAAAAAAACAGGGAAACUAUACGUCAAAUGGUUGUUGGCGACUUUUCAGUGUCUGUUGUUAUGGAUAUAGCUCAUGAAGGUGGUGCACUUUUGAAAUUAACUGAAUAAAUAUCCAAGACUGGCAA